AUGGCGACAGGGGCCGAUUCCGAUUCUACAAUGCCAGAAGAAGAAAGCCUAGCCUCAGAGUCCGAAUCUGAAGUUGGAAAUGGCGGGGAGUUUUCAAAUAAUAUGAAGCCGUGGGAGGCUCCACAAUCUCAGAGUGUUUCACAGGAGAGACUUCAUAUCUAUGUUUUGGAGAAACGACUAGCUGCUGUGGAAGCAAAGCUUUUGGAGAAUUCAAAAGGCCAAAAACAACAACUGAACAAGGAAAAGACUAGCAGCCGAUCAGUCAUACGAAAGAAGACCCGUCGCAUAUCGAAUCCCUCCUCUCUGCCAACUCUCUCCCAGGUAUCAUGGCUUGACUAUGAUGGAUUCAAAAACAAUUCUAGAGAGGAUGAGUAUCAAUGUGCAAUCGAAGUCCUCAGCGCGGGAUUUGAUGUGAAAAAGGAAAUUGAAGAGACUGAUCCACAGUUCUCCUUUGAUUUAACCAGUAAUCCCACGCUCAACCAUGGCAAAUCGAGGAGGUUGGAAAGAUCUAUGCCCUCAAGUAUAAGAUCUGCAUAUAGAGUGCGAAUUCGAUCUCCAUCUCUUCUGCUCAUUCUCAAUAAAGUCAUCGGGUACGGGAGAAUGGACUGGACCACUUUUGCGCGCCCUUUCAAACCAUUGAUAUACUACCAUGAUACUAUGAAAACCCUUCUAUCUGACCUGGAAGCCAAAUGGGGCGAAACGGAGCGCAGCCAACCAGCCGAGCACUGGUCCAUUCUGAGAGGGGGAAAAACAGAUCAGAGUGCAUUGGAGCCAGGGAUCCCGAGAAAAAGAAAUUCGUCUAACAGUACUGUUUCAGCAGACAUGAUUGACAGUGUCGAAGCUCUACGGGCUAUGAGGGUCUAUGUCGAAUUUGUUGACAAGGAGCUGGUUCCUCUUUAUCACCAAUUUGAAGAGCAAACCGGCCAAGUUGCUCCACAAAGAGUUAGGUUCGACGACCUGUGGUAUCUCUUUCGCUUGGGGGAGCUUCUUUUCAAUCCGAAUGCCCCGGACCCCACAAAUGGCAAGGCAAGGGAUAGAUCGUUUCGAAGUCGCAGGGUGAUGAGAGUAUAUUCAAUCACUUACCCCGACCAUGGUACCGACGGGUAUUCCCAAAAUGACAAAGUAUUGAUCAGGUGUUACUCAAUCGAUCACAACGGUGAAUCGUAUAUCCCAGUGAAGGGGAAAGUGAUAAUCCCAUACUUCGAAGGAGAGAAGGAUAUCCAAUCGCUGGACAUUUAUCCUGUCAGAUUUGCCCAAGACCAUCAACGAAUACUGCAAGAGUUGGAUGAGCAAGGAAGACUCUUCCAGAGAUGCAUUUCUGAGAAGUAUUUGUCUUACAAGGGCUGGACUAUUGGAGACUAUGACUAUCCAGAAUACAUCGAUAGUGAUGUGAUUGUCGAUUUUGUCGAGGCACUGAAAGCACAUCCCCGCUGGUCGACCAUUUCACAUAUACCAGCUUUGCACGAUGGCGAGGAUAAUUAUUCGGUCAUGGUUGACGAUGUUCCGGGGACUAUUUGGACUGAUAAAGAGCGGACGCAAGUCGCAGCGAACUUCCAAGAUGAAAUUUACACGGGCGCAUCCAUCGACACGAGAGAAAGAAAUGUGAAUCUCAAAACGGACAAAUUCCUCAGUGACCAAAGGGAGAGGCGCAAGAAUCCCGAUGGAGUUUCGAGCGGACAACUCGAAGACGAAGACUUCGUUUUAUUCCCCCGAAGACUCUUUGCCUAUUCUCUUCAAGACCGCAAGUUCGUCCCCGUGGACAUUCGAAAACUCAAACUUGUAGCAGAUCAAGGCGAGCAAUUCAAGAACGUUUUUAUUGCGAAGGAGCACAAAAAGAUGAUUAAUGCGGUGGUUGAUUCACACUUUGAAAGGAAGAAGAUUGAGAGAGACCCGAAAAUGGCAAACAUGAGUCAGGAUAUCAUCCAGAAUAAGGGAAGGGGGCUUGUCAUCUUACUGCAUGGUGUUCCAGGGGUUGGAAAGACCUCCACAGCGGAGGCUGUCGCCAAUGCAAAGAGAAAGCCCCUAUUUACUAUUACAUGCGGUGAUCUCGGAUUCUCUCCUUCUGAAGUCGAGUCAUCACUGAAGGAGAUCUUUCGUCUAGCGCAUCUAUGGGAUUGUGUUCUGUUGAUGGAUGAAGCAGAUGUGUUUUUGUCGCAACGGUCGACUUGGGAUUUGAAGCGGAAUGCUCUCGUAUCAGUCUUCCUUCGGAUUCUGGAGUAUUACAACGGUAUCCUAUUCUUGACGACAAACAGAGUUGGAACACUCGACGAAGCUUUCAAAUCUAGGAUCCAUGUCAUCCUCUACUACCCACCACUUAGCAAGAACCAGACAGAAGGGAUAUGGCGAAUCAAUCUGAGAAAGCUCAAACAGAUCGAAGAAGAACGACACGCCAUACUCGAUACUGGUACCGACCCGGAUGAGCUUGCCGAAUUGCCAAUGAAAGUGGACGAAGAAGAGAUUCUAGAUUUCGCACUAAGCCACUGGCAACAUCAUCAAUAUGGAAAGGGAAGAUGGAACGGACGACAAAUUCGAAAUGCUUUCCAGAUUGCAGCGGCGCUGGCACGAUUCGAAAUGCGCACUGUCGCGAAAAAGCGCGAAAUGGAGAAAAUUCCCAACGCCCCUUCAGAGGCUUUACAGGGAGAACUGAAGGCAAGGCAUUUCAAAGCCGUCGCAGAAACAAGCCAUCACUUCGAGAUGUACAUGAACGAAACUAUGGGCAAGACGGAUGCCGAAAUUGCACUAGAGCAGGGGAAUCGCGCUGAUCAUGUCAGUCGGCUCAAACAAAAAAUGACGGAAAAGCCAGUGAUCCAAGAAGAACUGGAUUUUGAUUACUACGAGGGCCAUUCUGGCGUUGAAAACAAUUAUCGAGAAGGUCGGUCUCUGCCUAGACCUUCAAAUACCACAGGAUGGGGAUCUCAAGGAUACACGACUUUGCGACAAAGCCUGGAUGCUUCUAUCUCUCUAGGAAAUCGACCUGAGAUGACUAGAUCUAGUUCAUCAGAAGCAUUUUCACCCUUUAAACGUGAUGACAGGACUGGGAGUCUUCACUUCCCUAAGGAUACCGUAGAUGCCCCCCCAGUCCGCCCUCAUCCAGAAGCACUGAGACCAGGAUGGCCAUCAGACUUGGAUUCGAAGACUAGAUCGGCGAGGAGGAAAACACAACCGGCUAUUAGUGGAACUUGGUCUGGCAUCGAGUCGGAUUAUGAGUGA